ACUUACACAUUUCCUAAAAACUAUGUAGCCAAAAACACCCCAGAUUUAGAUUUGUCAUUAGUCUUGGGUAUCCAUUCACUUUUACCAUUUUGCCCCUUAGAUCAUCAACCCAAUUGUCCAAAUGGCAAAAAGGAGAAGGCUUUGGAGGGCAAAAUGGGAACAAAAAACAUAAAGUAUGUUUAAGAGUGGUUAUUUAUUUUUUUUAAAAAAGAUGAUUAGAUCGCUCCCCACCUUCUCUUGUAUUCUAACUCAAGGGUAGUAACAGAAGCAUCAUCAUCAUCGUCAUCAUCAUCAAAGCUAAGAGAGUCAAAGACCUCAAAGCCCGAGACCCUUCUCCAGCCCACUUUCUCUCUCUAAAAUAACACACAUCCUUUUUAUUUCCUUUCUCUUUCUGUACAGAUUUUUCUGUCUUCCUCUCUUUAAUUCAUUCAAGUUUAGCUUGUGGAGCUUCUUAUAGUGGUUUGAUGUUGGGAGCAGUAUGCCGGUGACAGUUUGGAGAAAUGCAAAGGUAUCAUACUGCAAACUGCACUGGUGCAGUUAAUAAUUCAAUUGGUGGGGCAUCUGCUAGGGAUACCAGCAGGGCUGACUCAUCUUCAUUGCCAGCUAACUUCUCUAUUAAUUCUAGGAGGCCGCCUCCACUAACUCCGUACAAGUUGAAGUGUGACAAGGACCCCUUGAAUUCCCGACUUGGGCCGCCCGACUUUCAUCCCCAGACUCCAAAUUGUCCUGAGGAGACUCUGACCAGAGAAUAUGUGCAGUCUGGAUACAGGGAGACAGUUGAAGGACUCGAGGAAGCUAGAGAGAUCUCACUGACUGAGGUUCAAGUCUUUACGAAGCCUGUUGUCAUAAAAUGCAGAGAGGCAAUUAGAAAAUGUCUGAGGGCCAUUAAUGAGUCUCGUGCUCAAAAGCGCAAGGCUGGUCAAGUGUAUGGUGUGCCUCUUUCUGGGGCAUUAUUAACUAAGCCUGCUGUCUUUCCAGACCAAAGGGCAUGUGGUGAAGACUUCAAGAAGAAAUGGAUUGAGGGUUUAUCACAACCGCAUAAACGAUUGCGAUCUUUGGCCGAUCAUGUGCCUCAUGGGUACAGGAGGAAAUCCCUUUUUGAAGUUCUUAUAAGGAACAAUGUUCCAUUACUACGAGCAACUUGGUUUAUCAAAGUAACUUAUCUCAAUCAGGUCCGUCCUAGUUCCGCUAGCAUUUCGUCUGGCACACCUGAUAAAACUCAGUUGUCGCGGACAGAGCUUUGGACAAAAGAUGUUAUUGAGUAUUUGCAAAUACUGCUGGAUGAAUUUUUUUCCAGAAAUAAUUCCCACUCUGCCCCACACGCUAGAGAUAGAUCGCCUCAAAUGCUUUAUGCUGGUUCAGUACAUCACAGGAGUGAUCCAGCACCAGCACUUAUUGAUGGUGAGGAGCCUUCCCUACAUUUUAAGUGGUGGUAUGUGGUAAGGCUCUUACAUUGGCACCACGCUGAAGGGCUGCUUCUUCCUUCCGCAAUCAUUGACUGGGUUCUUAGUCAAUUGCAGGAAAAGGACAUACUUGAGAUUUUGCAGUUGCUGUUACCAAUCAUAUAUGGUGUUUUAGAUACCAUUGUUUUAUCUCAAACUUAUGUACGUAUGCUUGCGGGAAUAGCAGUUCGUUACAUUCGUGAACCUUCUCCAGGCGGAUCAGAUCUGGUAGAUAAUUCUCGAAGGGCCUAUACGAUGUCUGCUUUAAUUGAGAUGCUUCGAUACUUAAUUUUGGCUGUACCGGAUACAUUCGUUGCUUUGGAUUGCUUUCCUUUACCACUAAGCAUAUUGUCUUAUGCAGUAAAUGAUGGGUCUUUUGUGUCGAAGAUAUCUGAGGAGGCGAGAAAGACUAAAGAUAAUUCAGCUGGUAUCCUCAGUAUAUUCAGAAAUAAAGGUCUUGAUGCUCAAUAUCAGUCCUUUUCCUUUGAUCAGGUUGUUUCAUCCAUUCAGAAGCGAGCAGAUAAUCUUGCAAAGGCUGCUUGUCCUGGAUAUCUGGUUCACAGUGUAGCAAAAGCUGUACAAGCAUUGGACAAGUCUCUUUUGCAGGGAGACAUUAGAGAGGCAUAUAGUUUUCUUUUUGAAAAUUUUUGUGAUGGAGCAGUUGAUGAAGGUUGGAUUGAAGAAGUCAGUCCUUGCCUAAGAUCAUCAUUGAAAUGGAUUGGUACUGUGAGCUUGUCAUUUGUUUGCUCUGUAUUUUUUCUUUGUGAGUGGGCAACAUGUGACUUUAGGGAUUUUCGGGCUGCUCCACCUCAUGAUCUGAAGUUUACAGGCAGAAAGGACUUUUCUCAAGUUCAUAUUGCAAGUAGGCUUCUUAAGCUUACGAUAAAAGAUUUGCAGAGCAGGUCUCGACAGAAGAAUGAUAGAUCCCUUGGAAUCAACAGUCUUGCCAAAGGUCUUGGUCGGCAUAAUAACGUUGGAAGGGUUCCUGUGGGAAAUGGGUAUGAAAAUAAGGGUAAGUUAAAAAAUGUGAAUAGAAAAAAUGCUAAUUCAUCAUAUAUAUUUGAGAGCCCUGGUCCUUUACAUGAUAUUAUUGUGUGUUGGAUUGAUCAACAUGAAGUUCAAAAAGGAGAAGGCUUGAAGCGUCUUCAGCUGCUUAUAGUGGAACUCAUACGAUCUGGUAUUUUCUACCCCCAGUCAUAUGUAAGGCAGUUGAUAGUAAGUGGAAUUAUGGAUGCAAGUGGGCCUCUAGGCGACUUUAACAGACGGAGGAGGCAUUAUCAAAUUCUGAAACAACUACCUGGGCUUUUCAUCCGUGAUGUUUUGGAAGAGGGGAGGAUUGCAGAAGGGUCAGAACUUUUGGAGGCUGUGCAUGUUUACUCGAAUGAACGUCGCCUUCUCCUACGUGGGGUCCUUUGUGAACAGUAUCAAAAUUCAUUCAAAUCAAAUAUAUCAAUGCAGAAGCAAAAGCAUCAUCUAGCCUCUGUAAAGGAUGGUGGUUCUACAUCUUCUAUUGAUCAGUGGAAAUCUAUCCAGUCCUGGUCCAAUAUCUUGAUGUCUAAAAAAGCCAAGUCCAAUGCUGACAUUGAGGAACUGAAGACUACCAUUUUGUUGCUCUUACAGAUUCCUAACUUGUCCACAUCUUCAGACACAGGACCUGAUGAAUCUCAAGGGAGUGUUAAGAGGGCUGCUGAGUCAAUAUCCAGCAAAAUGGAUUCAGUAGAAGGUACACCUGGGUGUGAGGAUUGUAGAAGGGCAAAGAGGCAAAAGUUAAAUGAAGAAAAGAGCUCUUGCUUUCAGGGUCAUUCUCCAACAUCAGAUGAUGAAGAUACAUGGUGGAUGCGGAAGGGGCCCAAAUCCUUAGAUUCAUCCAAAGUAGAUCCACCACUGAAGUCAUCCAAACAGGUCUCUAAGGUUAGGCAGAAGGUUGUACGUAAAAGUCUUGCUCAGUUAACGGCUGCUAGAAUUGAGGGUAGCCAGGGAGCUUCUACAAGUCAUGUGUGUGAUAAUAAGGUUGGCUGCCCUCACCAUAGAAAUGGAACAGAAGGAGAAACUCUCAAGUCAGUGGAUGGAAUUAGAACGUUGCAUGGUGGAGAUAUCGUUUCAACUGCAAAAGCUUUAAAGCAAUUGCGUUUUGUACAGAAGAGGUCCAUUACUCUUUGGUUGGUAGCUACUGUUAAACAGCUUAUUGAGGAGACUGAAAGGAAUAUUGCCAACUCUAAUCAGUUUGCUAGACCUUUUGGUUCAGCUGAUGAUAGAAGCUCCAUUCGAUGGAAGCUUGGUGAGGAUGAGCUCUCCAUUAUAUUGUAUUUGAUGGAUGUUUGUAAUGAUUUAGUUUCUGCAUGCAAGUUACUGCUCUGGCUGUUGCCGAAGGUAGUCACCAAUCCCAGUCCUACAAUCCAUAGUGGAAGGAACAUUAUGAUGCUCCAAAGAAAUGUGGAGAACCAUGUGUGUGAAGUGGGAGAGGCAUUUUUAUUAUCAUGCCUCCGAAGGUAUGAGAACAUACUCGUUGCAACUGAUCUGAUUCCUGAAGUCUUGACAGCUGCAAUGCAACGUGUUGCAGCACUUCUGGCUUCUAGUGGAAGGGUUUCAGGUUCAGCAGUCUUAAAUUAUUCUCGGUAUUUGUUGAAGAAGUAUGCCAAUUUGCCGAGUGUCUUUGAAUGGGACAAGAGUUUUAAAGCAACUUGUGAUAAGAGACUUAUUUCUGAACUUGAACCAAGUCGAUCGCUUGAUGGAGAGUUUGGAUUUCCACUUGGAGUUCCAGCAGGUGUUGAAGAUCUUGAUGAUUUUCUUCGUCAAAAGAUAAGUGGUAAUCGGAUAACCCGAGCUGGUAUCAGCAUGAAAGAUACUGUUCAAAGGCACAUUGACGAUGUUUUUCACUAUUUCUCUGGUAAGGACAGAAAGUUCUUUGGUGCUGGUACACAAAAAAGCCCUGGGUAUGAAAAAUCUGAUGAUGGUUACCAGAUAGCUCAGCAAAUAACUGUGGGAUUGCUGGAUUGCUUUCGGCAGACUGGUGGUGCUGCUCAAGAAGGUGAUCCUUCUUUGGUGUCUUCGGCUGUAUCUGCCAUAGUCAAUAAUAUCGGACCAACUAUUGCAAAAAUGCCUGAUUUUACUGUGGCCUCUAAGCAUUCAAAUUCAUCAUCUGCUAUGGCUUCAUUAAGUGUUGCUAGGCGUAUUUUGCGCAUCCACAUAAGCUGCCUCUGUCUGCUUAAGGAAGCCCUUGGAGAGCGUCAGAGCCGGGUUUUUGAGAUAGCCUUGGCAACAGAAGCCUCUUCUGCUCUUGCUACAGCUUUUGGUCCAGGAAAAACUUCUCGAAGUCAGUUUCAAUUGUCUCCUGAAGAUUCCAAUGUGAACAAUGAUGUGUUGAACAGUUCUGCAAGAUCUGGAAGGGUAACAAAAAGUGCUGCUGCAAUCUCUGCGCUAGUUGUUGGGGCUGUUAUUCAUGGUGUUACGAGCCUGGAGAGAAUGGUAACUGUCUUCAGAUUAAAGGAAGGAUUGGAAGUAAUUCAAUUUAUAAGGAGCACAAAAUCCUAUUCAAAUGGAAAUGCUCGAUCGAUUCCAGCUUUUAAGGUGGAUAACUCGAUAGAUGUUUACGUGCAUUGGUUUAGGCUGCUUGUUGGAAAUUGCAGAACUUUAUCUGAUGGUUUAAUAGUGGAACUCCUGGGUGAACCAUCUAUAGUUGCUCUUUCAAGGAUGCAGCGAAUGCUCCCACUUAGUUUGGUAUUUCCACCUGCCUAUUCAAUAUUUGCCUUUGUUAUAUGGAAACAAAUUAUUCUUAGCAAAGAUCUUGCAAACCGAGAAGACAUAAAUCAAUUGUAUCAAUCUUUGACAAUGGCCAUAGGUGAUGCCAUAAAACACCUGCCCUUUCGGGAUAUAUGUUUGAGGGACAGUCAAGGCUUUUAUGACAUUGUAGCUGCAGAUGCUAGUGAUGCUGAGGUUGCUGCCACGUUAAAUGGUUUGGACAUGCACUCUAAAUCUGCAGCAUUUGUUCCCCUUCGUGGAAGGCUGUUUUUAAAUGCACUUGUUGAUUGUAAAAUGCCACAGUCUCUAUCCGCUCAUGAUGACAGCAAUCGAGUUUCUGGACUUGGUGGAUCUAAAGGACAACAUUCAGAGAACGAGACAAAGCUUGUGGAUAAGCUUGUGAAUGUAUUGGAUACUAUACAGCCUGCAAAGUUCCAUUGGCAGUGGGUUGAACUCAGGUUACUUUUAAAUGAACAAGCCGUUGUUGAAAAGCUGGAGGCCCGUGAUAUGUCUCUAGCAGAUGCUAUCCGUUCUUCCUCCCCUGGUCCUGAAAAAGCUGCUGCUUCUGAAAAUGAGAACAAUUUCAUUGUGAUAAUCCUCACAAGAUUAUUGGUCAGGCCUGAUGCUGCACCCCUUUUCUCAGAGUUGGUUCAUCUUUUUGGGCGGUCACUAGAGGACUCAAUGUUAUUGCAGGCUAAAUGGUUUUUGGGAGGCCAAGAUGUUCUUUUGGGACGAAAAACCAUUAGACAACGUCUUAUUAAUAUUGCAGAGAGUAAAAAUCUUUCAACUAAGGCUCAGUUUUGGAAGCCAUGGGGCUGGUGUAGAUCAGGUUUUGAUACUGUGACAAACAGAGGAGAAAAGAAGAAAAUUGAGGUCACCUCCCUUGAAGAAGGGGAAGUUAUUGAAGAUGGCACAGACACAAAAAGAUCUGGAAAAGGAUCAACUCAAAUGUAUAAUUCUGAAGGCUUCAAUAUGAGCCAGCAAUAUACAACUGAAAGGGCACUUGUUGAACUAGUUCUGCCCUGCAUAGAUCAAGGUUCUGAUGAGUCGCGCAAUACAUUUGCAAGUGAUUUGAUCAAGCAGUUGAAUAAUAUUGAGCAACAGAUAAAUAUGGUUACUCGUGGUGCAAGUAAGCAGUCAGGAUCAACUUCUUCUGGACUGGAAGGUCCUGCAAAUAAGGGUAGCAAUCGCAAAGUUAUGAGAGGUGGUAGUCCAGGAAUGAAUAGACGGAAUGCUGGAGGAGCUGCUGAUUCUGCUCUGCCACCCCCUGCAGCGUUGAGAUCAUCCAUGUCGCUGCGGUUGCAAUUGUUGCUAAGAUUGCUUCCCAUCAUAUGCACAGAUGGGGAGCCAUCUGGCCGGAACAUGCGGCACAUGCUUGCAUCUGUCAUACUUCGUCUCCUUGGUAAUCGGGUUGUGCAUGAGGAUGCGGACCUAUCAUUCUCUCCAGUACAAAGCUCUCAAUCCAAGAUGGAUAUGGAGUCACUAUUGGAAAUUGUGUCUGUUGAUUUGUCUGGUGAGAGUCUUUUUGAUAGGAUGCUGUUGGUCCUGCAUGGAUUGUUGAGUAACAGCCAGCCAAGUUGGUUAAAGUCGAGGUCUCCCUCCAAGUUAAUGAAUGAAUUUCCUAAGGACUCUUCUGGUCUUGAUCGUGAGGUGGUGGAGAGUUUACAGAAUGACUUGGAUCGAAUGCAGCUUCCAGGCUCAAUCCGGUGGCGCAUCCAAGCUGCAAUGCCAGUUCUUCUUCCUUCAGCAAGAUGGUCUGUCUCCUGCCAGCUACCAUAUGUUCCUGGUGCUGCUGUUGCUUCACUUCAACCAAGUAUCACAUUGUCUGGGUUCUACUCUUUAAACCCCUCACAGAAAAGUCCUCUUCCUUUGGCACGGAUUAUGACAAGUGGACCUGGAAAAUCCAAGCCAUUGCCAUUGCAACAGGAAAAUGAUGUGGAAAUUGACCCAUGGACACUGUUGGAAGAUGGUACGGGAUCAGGCCCAUCUUCAAGUAACGCCGCUGCGAUUGGCAGUGGUGACCAAGCUAAUCUUCGAGCCUCCAGCUGGCUUAAAGGGGCUGUAAGGGUCAGAAGGACAGACCUCACAUACAUUGGGGCUGUGGAUGAUGACAGCUGAUUUAAGUUUAACUUUCAUUCUUGAUUUGGCCUGGAGUGAAUAAUCCCCUCAACAGGUAAUGUUUUUGUAUAAUGCAUAUUUGGCGAUCAAGGUUCACCUUGUUCUAGCCGUUCUUGCCUUUGAUGGCAAAGUGAGCCGUUGGGAGGGACAUUCUUAAAGUGAGCUGUCGGGAGGACAUUCUUAGGGGAGGGAAUGUAAUGCUUGUGAAGGUAGUGAAAGAAAGAUGCUCUUACACAGCCUCCCCCCAGGUCUGGAGCUGCUUGACUGCUAACAUUUUGAUCACCGCCAAUCUGGACUGUGUACUCCAGGUGCAGUUCGGAGGCUUGUUGUAUAUAUAGAGAUAAUUUUUUACUCUACCAAUUCAUCAGGGUAAAAUAUCAAAAGAAUGAUCUGUAUCCGUUUCAUGUGCAUCAAUCUAUUGUCGCUCUCUCUGUCUCU